AUCGUGUCUCUUUCGUGCACACGCACGCACGCGCGCGCACACGCUCGCGGUGUCGUUAGAGGGAGUGGUUGGAUGAUGCGCCAACCUUCGCCAGCAGCCAAAGGGUUGAACUGGCGAGCCUGUCGUCGAACCCAUCCAACCGGGCUUUGUCCUCGCGGAAAGAGCCGGCUACAUGUGGGAGAAAGCAAAACAGACCCACAGCUGGGGAGACCACCCCACAUCUGGCACGCGAGCUGAGCUGGAAGCAGCGGCGGAAUAUCUCGGCGCGCAAGGAGACGAGCGACUCGCGUCGUCGUCAGGGUUCCUCGUCUUGUGUUGGAGCGCAGAAAAGUUGUCAGGAAUAGUUACGUUUUUUUUUUUGUUUUUUUUAGAAAUGAUUCGUUCUAGGAGAGACGUGUGACUUUAGGGAGGAAGUGGUUCGCCCAGAGGCGGGCGGUGUAGCGCGCAACUGUCGCGCAAACAUUCUGUCGCCGCAAUCUUGUUUUCUUUCAUGAGCGGGAAAGAAAUCGAAGUCUCGUCGUGGAAUCCGUCCAGGAGGAGACCUUGGAGAAGCAUCCCGUGAUCCCGAGCAUCUCUCCGGACCGCGGGCGCAGUUCAGUAACAGGUGGUUUCUGUGUGCGCGUCUCACUUUGCGGCUGUCUGCCUUACUAUGAUCUUACUGUACACGCUCAAUGAGGCGCACCGGUCAGACGCGUGAAUUGAGGGCGCACUUUGCGUUCAUUUUCUAAUUUUGAAUAUAUAUUUUUGUAUUUUUCUCAAGCGGACUGCGGCUGUUGACGGGAGGGCGAGUGGGCCGGCGGCUGUCUGCUCCUCAAUGAUCAGCUCCGUGUGCGUCUCGUCGUACCGGGGCCGCAAGUCGGGCAACAAACCUCCGUCCAAAACGUUCCUAAAGGAGGAGAUGUGCAGAGGGGAAGAGUCGGACAAGAUCACCAUCAACGUGGGCGGAACCCGACAUGAAACCUACAAGAGCACCCUGAGGACCUUGCCCGGGACGCGCCUGGCCUGGCUGGCGGACCCGGACCCGGACCGGGAGCCGCAGGUCGGCUCGGACUCGGGCGCCGCGCCGCCGAGUCCCGAGUUGUUCUUCGACAGACACCCGGGCAUCUUCGCCUACGUGCUCAACUACUACCGGACCGGCAAGCUGCACUGCCCGGCCGACGUGUGCGGCCCGCUGUUCGAGGAGGAGCUCGCCUACUGGGGCAUCGACGAGACCGACGUGGAGCCGUGCUGCUGGAUGACCUACCGGCAGCACCGGGACGCGGAGGAGGCCCUGGAGACCUUCGAGCCGCUGGACCAGGAGGCCGAGGACGACCGAGAGGCGGCCAGGCGCUUCGGCAUCGAGGACUGUCCCGACAGGUCGAGGGGCUGCUGCGAGGUUUGGCAGCCGAAGGUCUGGGCUCUGUUUGAAGACCCGUACUCGUCCAGGGCAGCCAGGGGAGUGGCGUUCGCCUCUCUCUUCUUCAUCCUGGUGUCCAUCACCACCUUCUGCAUGGAGACCCACGAAGCCUUCAAUGAACUGACGAACAUAACGGAGCUGGUCAAAGUGGGCAACAUCACGCAGAAAGUAGAGAGGCAGGAGAUGGUUACCAACCCCAUCCUAACCGUGGUGGAGGGCAUCUGCGUGGUCUGGUUCACAUUUGAAUUCCUGGUGCGCAUCGUCUGCUGCCCGCAGAAGCUGGUCUUCAUCAAGAACACGCUCAACAUCAUUGACUUUGUGGCCAUUCUGCCGUUCUACCUGGAGAUGGCCAUGAAGGGCAUGUCAUCCAAAGAUCCCAACAACGUGCUGGGCUUCCUCCGCGUGGUGCGGUUCGUUCGGAUCCUCCGGAUCUUCAAGCUGACGCGGCACUUUGUGGGCCUUCGUGUGCUCGGCCACACGCUGAGGGCCAGCGUCAAUGAAUUCCUCCUCCUCAUCAUCUUCUUGGCGCUGGGCGUACUCAUCUUCGCCACCAUGAUAUACUACGCGGAGCGCAUCGGAGCCCACCCCGACGACCCCACGGGGUCCAAUCACACGCACUUCAAGAACAUCCCCAUCAGCUUCUGGUGGGCGGUGGUCACCAUGACGACGCUGGGCUACGGAGACAUGUUCCCAAAGACGUGGCUGGGCAUGAUGGUGGGGGCGCUGUGCGCGCUGGCCGGGGUGUUGACCAUCGCCAUGCCGGUGCCCGUCAUCGUCAACAACUUUGGGAUGUACUACUCGCUGGCCAUGGCCAAACAGAAGCUGCCGAAGAAGAAGAAAAAGCACAACCCCAACCCGGACGCUCCGACCGACUCGGCCUCGUUUGGGAAGUCUGAGACAAACUCGCGCCGGGACAGCACUCAGAGUGACACGUGUCCUCUGGCUGCUGAGGAGAGCACCGGCAGGAACCGCUCAGACUCCAAACAGAACGGGGAUGCAAAUGUGGCCCUUUCAGAGGAGGAAGGCUGCAGCUUGACCCAGCCGCUGUCCCCCAGCGAAAGGUGGUCCCUUCGGUGCUCUCGAGGGCGGGACAAGACUAAGAAGGAGUCCACCUGCUUCCUCCUAAGCCCUGGAGACCCUAACGUCCAUACUGAGGCCUGUAAGGACGUCCUCAGUGCCACUGGAAACUACGCUCAGCCGGAGGUCACCACGCUGACCUGAUGCUGACCUGAUGCUCAUCUGCGGAAAGGAGGAAGGUGCAGGAGUCCUCGGGGGGUUCCGUGCUGUGCGCAGCUCCUUUUUUGUCCUGGAUGACCUGCGGAGUGGAUUCUCUUUAUCUUUUUUGUCUGUCAAACCCUGUAUUAGAAAGCCAGUUACCUACAAUAUUUACCACAUGUACUCUCAUUUGCAUGUUGCAUGUGUUGAAUGAUACACCAUUAUACAAUGUGGUGGCUACCAUUUAAUACGUUUUGCAUUUACUGGACGCAAAGACAAAACCUGCCAUUAUUUAAAUUGUUUUGUUUAAGUCACAUCACAGAUUUCUUAGGUUGUUUUUCCUUGAGGUUGGUUAUAAUUAUUGUUCAACAUUGACCACUGAGGUUGUCGAGGAUGAUGUUUCAUGGUUUUAAUCUGAAGUCUUCUUCAAGUAUAUGACAACAUUUUUGCUAACAAGACUUCACUCGCGGGACUUCCGUUUCUUUUUUGUGAUUUUUUACCUUUAGUAUCACAGUAUGUACAGAGGUGUCAGUUUUAGAAAUAUAAAAAAACUAAAACCUAAUUGUUAUUUGGAUGAAUUUCUGGUGUCUGUAAAUGUUAACUGUCGAGUAAGAACACCCAAACACUUGUGAAUAUGGGUUUGUACAGCCAAACUGUUACUAGGACCAGAUGGGAAUUUGAAAUCAUUGUCAAUGCAGGACUGGAAUUCUUCGUUGGUCAUCCGGCCUUCUGUUGUGCUGCUUUCUAACACCGACCUCGGGGACACAGCUUGUCCCCAGAGUGGUAUGAAUGCUGCUUAGGCAACACAUUAGUUGUAAAUCCUUGUACAAUAAGAGUUUAACAAAGGAAAAUAAUGGAGCAGUAUUGUUUGUCUAUUGUUCUAACUGGAUACUAGUAAGGUAUCACUGCUGGUUGAGUCAGGACCAAAUGUACAAUUUAUUAGAAAUAAGAUAGAUUUUUAUUACUAUCACCAGAAAAAUAAAUGAUACACACACACACACACACACACACACACACACACACACACACACACACACACACACACACACAGUGCGAUGCCAUCGAGUCUACUUGUGGCUCAUGUAAUGUAAUUUGUACCUCCACACUUCUGGUCAUGUGCGAUCUGCAGAAACCCUGUUUCAGCGGAGGGAGAAGCAGCAGCAGUGUGGUUUCUUUCACUUGUGACUUAAAAUAUAUUCCUCAUGGUCAACCAUAGUGGCCUUAUGUUUAAUAAACAGAGGGAAAGUUCAUUUCAUCUUCAUUAGACAUUCCAGGUUGGUUUCCACACCGACCCCGAGGUCUGUAAUUAUGUAUAAGCACAGUUGUACGUACGUUUGUAGCACAGUUGAAUAUUCUGGAUCAUUCCUUUAACUAUUUCUCUUUUCUCUAUGUGACAUGUUUACUCACCAUGAAAUAGAAGUUAGCCAAUAAGAAAGCCCUUUUAUUUUAAUAAUGAACUUUUGUCGCGUCAUUUCCUGUUUUCCCUGUUGUAAAAUGUAAUGUGGUGGAGAAGCACACUCUUUAAUAUCCGCCUCUUAUUGAUUGUAAAGGUGUGACAGAAUGUAACCCAGUCCACCUGUCAGAUGUGUGCGUGUGAUCUCGUAUCAUGUAGGCAUGUGUUUCUAUGCAGAAAAAGAAAUAAAAUCUACCUUCCAGGCAUUUUAUGAUUA